CGAGCGUCAGUGGGUGUCAGAAGGCCGGUGAGUCGGCAGCAGCUGCUCGCCUCGUCGCUCCUGUAACCAGACACUUGCAGCUCAGCCGCCGCCGCCGACCCCCGUCUCCCUCCCUCCCACCCGCACGCCCGCCCCGCUGCGCCCUUGCCCGGCCCUCUCCCCACAGCCUGCACCAACCUCCCGUGGCCAGAAGAGCCAGAGACACAGCCCACUGACCAUGGCCCGGGCCCGGCUAGCUGUGCUGCUGUGCGCCGCUCUCACCCUCUUGCUGGAGCGAGUUUCAUGCGACAACGGCUUUGACUUGGAGGAUGCCAUCCCCGAUGAUCGCACCUUGAUGCCAACUCCCGCAAAACCUCGCAAACAAACAGGCGGGACAGAUACAGGUGAGUGUUUACACCUGUUGGAUUUUCUUCGAACGACCAAACCUCCUCGCAAAACCAUAAAAACAGCGGGAACCACCAAAAAGCCACCAAACACAGAUUCUGACUCUGAUUUGGACCUGGCUGAUGCCCUUGACGACAACAAUGACAAAAGCAAAAGAAAUCCCGGCAACCCAGAUCGUCCUUCCACUCCAAGAUCCAACGGAAAUAAACAUAAAGAAGGAGGCUCUGACUUUUCGGAUAGCGAACUUGAUGACGUGUUGGGUGGUGGUGACUACAAACCAGAUGAGAGAAAGAAAGAUGACCCUCUGCCUCCUGACGACCAGAAAGACGUUGCUCUGCCUGAGACAACAAUCGCAGGGAUUGUCACUGCGGUGGCGGCAACUUUGGUGGGUGCCAUCUCCAGCUACAUUGCCUAUCAGAAGAAGCAACUGUGCUUUAAAAUGCAAGGGACCCUCAAUCAAGUUUACCUGAAAGGGGAAAAUGUUGAAGCUGGGACCAUGUCUGAGCCACAAGCUGAGAGAAACCUCCUGGAGACACAGUCAGAGAAGCCACCUGCCGACGUCGCGUGUAAGGUCUAAGAUCACCGUGCUGGAGAAGACAGACUCUACCCGGACACCAACCUCUGUUUAAAAUGGCUUCUUAUUUCAUUUAUUUCAAGUAAAAUGGCUGCUUAUUGGGGGAAAGAAAAUGUUGCUUCAAGCAAUGGAGUAGCCAUUUACAUCAGUGUUAGAUGAAGAAUGGAGUAGUCACAGCGGUUAGACUAGAUACAAUGUUGGCGUGUAGGUUGCACGUAGAAAGUAAUGGAUAAUGUGAAAGUAUUUGACUUGAAUGUGAGGAACAUGGCAAGAUAAACUACUUGCUUAGAGCAUGUACUGUAGCUAAGGGAUUUCUUUCUUACUUAUGAAAACAAUUAACAUUUAACAGAUGUAUCUAUUGCAGUGGCAGGGAAGAUGGUGGGUGUGAAGAGGCAUGAUUCACAUGCAUAUCCUGGUUUGGAUUGCAUAGAUUAGAGAUGCUGACUGUAUUAAAUACAUGGAUAGUAUUAAAUACUCAACGAGUCCCCCUGCCCUUCCCCAUCGAUCCAUUUUCCAACUCUGUGUUUACGCAGAAUAAAACGAUUCAUAUAAAGGCACAGGGUAGAUAAAUCACAGAUGUGUAAGAUCACCUUUCUUAAUCUGCAAAGUGCGUUAAGAUGAGUCAGGGACAGAGACCCAAGUGAACUGGAAGAAUAAAACAUUCCGACUUUAGAACCCAAACCCUUCACUCAUCUCAGAUCAAGCCUUCCAAUGCCAAACUUCACAAGAAAUAGUCGGGGGGGGGGGCUGCUAUCGAUUGAAAAUCGCAUGCCAAAUAAUGCACAGAUUGCAUCUGCCCGUUAAAUCCUGCAACAAUCACCCCUGCCUGAGUUAUUGCUUCAGAUUUUACAUGAGUGAUGGUGUGCAGCAUUACAAGAGCAGUUUGCGCGUGUAUAUAUUUUCUAACAGACUGUGUUCAGCAUUCGCUCUGUGACUGGAAGAGCAAUUUGCUUGGAUCAGUGUUUGCUGCAUAAGGUGGGAAUAUCAAUCAGCUUUCACCACCAAAGGACAUAAACCACUGCAAGCACUGGCACACUAUUCAUCAUGUGGAAAAGACUUGAGGCUGCUAGUGUGUUCCCCUUGAGUUUUGCUGGAGAGACAAUCUGUAUUAAUGCUGAUUUCUUGUGCACUUUCUGCAAGUAUCACGUUUGUAAUGUUUUAUUUUAGGCGGGAAGGGGGGGGUGCAGUGAAUGUAAUCUCGUGGACUUGGCCAAUUUAAAGCAACAGCCUUCAAGAGACUUACAAAUUGUAGCUGAAUGUCACAGCUGUGCCAAAGCCAAAUUGCCCCUGGAACGUAACAUAGAGUGGUAGAGAGAGAAUAGAGAUUGUCUGCUCAUUCAAUGAAGCAGUGCCUCAUCUGUGACUGAAUCUUUGCCCUGUGUACCUUUGGUUAACAUAAAGCCAGCAGUCCCAGCUGUAGACAGAACAACUGAGUUGGCAUUCGUUGCUUUUUGUGGCUGAAGUAUGAGGUGUGUGUUGUCUUGUGCUCAAGUCCCCCUUUAUACAGUGCCCUGGCUGUUAUGCAUUUUAAUAAAUGGUAUCAUUUUG